CACUAUUGGACGGAACUGAAUAGGGAUUCUGAAUUUCAGUUCGAUGAUACCCUUGGUUUCUAUCCGAUUCGACAGAAAGGUGGUGGAAUAUCUCCUUUGGGUAGUCCGCUUUCAUUGCAGAAAAAAGGCGCACGUUUUGGCACGAACGUGCCAAUGAUCACAGAACUUGUGAAUGAUUCGAAUGUGCAAUUUUUGGAUCAAGAUGACGACGACGAUCCAGACACGGAACUCUACUUGACGCAACCGUUUGCGUGUGGUACUGCCUUUGCGAUAUCAGUUCUUGAUUCACUGAUGAGCACGGUUAAUUUUCGUUCUCAAUCUUUUAUUCGUUUCGAAUAA